AUGAAAGCCAUAGUGCUCAGGCGCAACUCCAAUGCUGAGACUCCCUUAGUCGAGCUUAAAGAAGUCGGUAUUCCAAUCGUACCUCCUGGCUCCGUUCUAGUCAAGGUUAUUGCGUCUGCUAUUCAACCAAGUGACUUGAUCAAUGCCCGGGGUGGAUUCCCUUACACGACGUUCCCUAGAAUUCCAGGCCGCGACUUUGCGGGCUACAUUGCCACAGGACCACGCUGCGGUGAACAAAUAUAUGGAUCAAGUGGAUAUACCCAUGGCUUCACCUGCGACGGUUUCCAUGCUGAAUACCGUGUUAUCCCGGAAAGUUCUAUCGUGACGAAACCAACGAAUAUAUCAUUCAAACAGGCUGCCUGUAUGGGCGUCCCAUUCUCAACAGCAAGAAUUUUGCUAAGUAGGGCAAAUGUUCGAGAUGUAGAGACUGUUUUGGUGAUAGGUGCUUUUGGUUCCGUUGGUUCAGCGGUUACACAAUUGGCCAGGGCCCAAGGCUGUUCGGUAAUAACGGCUGGGCGCUCUAAGAAUGCAGAUAUUGACACUACGAUGGACACAAACCUUUCAGGCUUGGAUAGUAUUACCCAAGGUCGCGGCGUUAACGUGGUUAUCGAUACCACCGGGGUUCCAGCUUUGAUUGAGGCUGCCAUCAACAAAUUAGCCCACGGAGGCAGAAUUGCCAUAAUUGCGGCACUUGGAGAUGUUAAGCUCUCGAUAGACAUCAAGGAUUUUUACCGUCAAGAGAAAUCUUUAAUAGGGUGUAAUUCUUUGUCUUACAGUAUGAGCGAAAUAGCAGAACAGAUCAGGUCGUUGGGUGCUGAUUUCGAAAUCAAGAAGCUCAUGCCACCAUCCCAGGGGCUUUGGACAGAGAUUGGUUUGGAACAAGCUGUUGAAAUUUACAAGAGUGGGAGCGCUAGUACCGGCAAGUUUGUUGUAGUAUUCGAUUGA